UCCAUUCAACAAGCACAAAGAAUUUGCAGAGUGAGUCCGUCAAUAUGCUUAAGCUCCAUCGUGCUUUCAAAUUUGCCGGCACCGGUAAUCACCAUUUUCCCUGCAAAUUUUUCCGUGCAACUCCAUUUCUACACCAAGAAGAACUCAGUUCAAUCAACAAUGAAAACCCCACAAAUUCUUCAUCCCAAAAUCUUGAAGAACAGCUCCGGCAGCUCCGGAUUCUACUUCAACAACGUCGUAUGGAAAAUGCAAAAGGAAUUUUGGGUACCCUUAUUCAUACAAGUUCAGUUUCUCAACUUUAUUCUCUCUUUACACCUUCCCCUGCAAAACCCCUUUUCUCAGAUUUGCUGUUUUCACUGUAUUUAGAGUCGAAACUCAUUAACCAAGCUGAAGAGCUUUAUUCAUUGAUAAGGGAAGAUAAAAAGUUUCCAUCUUUAUCAGCUUUCAAUGUGUUUCUUGAAUCUUUGAAUAGUUUAAGGAAGUAUAAAAAGACCCUUGAAGUUUUUUCUGAUGUAAUGAAGUGGGGUAUAAGGGUUGAUAAGACUAGUUAUGGAAAAGCUAUACUGUCGGCGGUGAAGUUAGGGGAUAUGGGUAAGGCUUUGGAGCUUUUGGAUUGUAUGAGAAAUGGUAGGGUGGGUAUGGAUAAGUUUGUGUAUAAUGUAGUCAUGGGUGGGUUGUGUAAAGAGAAGAGAGUUGUGGAAGCACAGAAACUGUUUGAUGAAAUGCUUGAGAGAAGAGUGGCGCGGAGUAUGGUGACGUAUAAUAUUCUUAUGGAUGGUUAUUGUAAGAUGGGGAAGGUAGAGGAGGCUUUUGAGUUGAGGGAAAAGAUGAAGAAUGAUAAUGUGGAGCCUAAUAUUGUGACGUUUAAUACGUUGCUUAGUGGAGUUUGUAAGUCGGGGAAGAUGGCGGAAGCUAAUUGUAUAGUGGAGGAAAUGAAGGGUUAUGGAUUUGUACCUGAUGGGUUUACCUUUAGUAUACUUUUCGAUGGGCUUUCGCGAUGUGAUGAUGUUAAUUCCUCGUUAGCGUUGUAUGAAGAAGUCGUUAAGACAGGGGUGAAGUUGAAUGAGUAUACGAGUAGUGUUUUAUUGAAUGGCUUGUGCAAGAAAGGGAAGACGGAUAAGGCUGCAGAAAUUUUGAAGAAGAUGCUGGGAAAUGGGCUUACUCCUACAGAUGUGUUGUUUAAUACCAUUUUGAGUGGCUAUUGCAAAGAGGGCAAUAUGGAGAAGGCUUAUUUAACUAUUGACGAAAUGGAGAUUUCUGGGGUGAAGCCGAGUUGUGUCACAUUUAAUACUCUGAUCACGAAAUUCUGUGAAUUGGGUAUGAUGGAAGAGGCAAACGAGUGGUUAAGGAAAAUGCUUGAGAAGUCAGUUUCCCCUAAUGUGCAGACGUAUAACAUCUUAAUUGACGGAUAUGGGCGCACGCGGGAAUUCGUGAGGUGUUUUGAGAUUCUCGAGGAGAUGGAAAAUAACGGAUUGAAUCCUAAUGUAAUUACCUAUGGUUCUCUAAUCAAUUCUUUGUGCAAGGAUGGUAGGCUUCUUGAAGCUGAUGUAGUCCUAAGUGAUAUGAUCAGUAGAGGGGUUAAACCAAAUGCGCAGGUCUAUAAUAUGCUUAUAGAUGGACAUUGUAUGAGAGGAAGGAUGACUGAUGCUUUUAGAUGUUUGGAGAAGAUGCUACAAAGUGAUGCGGAAACAACACUCGUUACAUACAAUACUCUAUUAAAUGGACUUUGCAAAAAGGGUAAGACCAAAGAAGCUGAGGAGUUGGUCGUGGAUAUUCAACUCAAAGGUUUCAUUCCAGAUGUUAUCACAUAUAAUUCUUUAAUCUCUGGGUAUUCAGAUGCAGGGGACACCGAAAAGUGUUAUGAAAUGUAUGAGAAGAUGAAAACCUCUGGCAUAAAACCUACAAUCAACACAAUUCAUCCUCUAAUUAGAGUGUCCAAAAAGGGAGAGAAUGGACUGGUGUCAAUUGACAAAAUUGUUGAAGAAAUGUCUCAGAUGGAUCUUUCUCCUGACCGAGUUGUAUAUAACGAGCUCAUCCAUUGCUAUGCUCUACAUGGAGAAGUUCAAAAGUCACUUGCUAUGCACCGAGAGAUGGUGGAACGAGGAAUUCCUUCUGACAAAAGGACGUACAAUAGCUUGAUUAUGGUGCAUUUGAAAGAGGGAAAAUGUCAAGAAGCCAAGAAUCUUGUUGAUCAGAUGAAGGCUAACAGUAUCAUUCCGAAUGAUGAAACUUAUAAUAUUUUGGUUGAAGGGCAUUGCAAACUUAAAGAAUUUUCCGGUGCAUACAUUUGGUACAGAGAGAUGGUUGACAACGGUCUUAUCCCAGCAGCUAAUAUUUGUGACGAGGUGUUAUCUGGCCUUCGAGAGGAAGGAAGAUUGGAAGAGACACAGUAUAUGUUCAGAAAUGAGUUCUGAAGGAAUUGA